AUGACUCUCGCCGACACCACCACCACCGUCUUCUGGCCUCUUGACGAACGACGACAAGGAAUUCCAUAUGGUUGGGCAACUCCUGCCAGAAUCUGUGUAGCUGGCGUCUUGGAUGACAAUGUUAGCCUUGAAGACGCUCAAGAACGGUUGAACCGCGUCUGCGGGGCACCAGACGGAUGCAAACCGACACUCCUGCCCGACUUGGAUGUCUCCGCGACACACCGCAUUUUCUACCACCGUUAUCCUUGCCAAACCUUGCGUUACUAUGAGCUCGCAAACGCAGUUCACAAACCAACAGCAGGAUUCGACUAUUCUCUCGUCGAACAGUUUAACCAAGCGCACCAAGUGCAGUCCAUUGUCAAUGGCAAAUCCGUCAGAUUAAACAAACCCACCGCGGCUUUCCUAUUAAACUUUGCAGCUACUGUGAUACGACCAGUGGUUGGCCUAUCGCGUUAUGCAAGGCUACCCCUUCCACUCCACCUACUCCCGCACUCUGCAAUCGCCCAGCAGGUCAAAGUAAGGGGCAAACAAGCAGAAGUGUUCCUCGAGAACAUCGACGCCCUCUCAGUCGUCCAUCAAGACGCGAGGAUCUCGAAAUACGCAAAGCGAUACACGAGUUUCUUUAAUGAUAUCUGGCUGCUAUUGAAUGACUACACGAUCGGCUUCGCAUUCGGAGCUCUUCUCUGCGACAAUCACCAGAAACUGGCAGCUUCUUUGGCAUCCUACAUCCAGCUACUAUGCCUAUCCUGCGUGGAAGAAAGCCUCAUAUGGCUCGACUCCUGGCCCGGAGGUCUAAAGCUCAACACCGACCUCAGCAAAUUCUACUCCAAAAUGUUCAUUUCCAUCGUGCAACUAUGGGGAGACCUGCUCGUGCACCACAUCCUCCCACACACAUCCUCUCUCGUCCUCCUCUGCGGCUACGCCAGCAUCUUCGGCGGCUUUACAUUCUCCCUCGCACUCAUCAUCGACGCCUUGGGAUUCUUUAUCACACCACACCUCACAGUCUGCUACAUCCUCUCAAGACUCGUAUAUUCCAUCGUCAAAGACGCGCUCGGUGGUUUAUGGGCUGUCUUCCGGGGAAAACGAUACAACGUCCUCCGAAACCGGAUGGACACCUGGGACUUUGACAUCGACCAACUCGUAUUCGGAACGAUGCUAUUCACACUUCUCGUAUUCCUCUUCCCAACAAUACUAGCCUACUACUCCCUAUUCGCCGUCAUCCAACUCGCACUACUCAUGCUUCAAGCAGUAGUCGAAACACUGCUAGCAUUCAUGAACCACUUUCCUCUAUUCAAACUGAUGCUAAAAGUGAAAGAUCCAGCUCGGCUACCUGCAAGCGUAUACUUCCUGAUAACAAAAGAUUCCAUCAUCGUCCAGACGAGGUGA